UCCCGCCCGGGCGGGCGCCGCGGAGCUGCAGCGCAGGAGAUGGCGUCUCAGCCGCCGCCCCCCAAGCCCUGGGAGAACCGGCGCCUCGCGGGCACCGCGGCCUCGGCCUUCCAAGCUGCUGAUUUGGGUGCCAGCUUGCUGACCAGGCCUGGACAACCCACACUCACACGAGUACCUCUGCCUGUUUUGCCAAGACCAUCACAGCAGGCAGGGAACAGUAACCUGAGCACUUUCAGACCUGCGUACAGCAGUUCCUUUUCUCCAGGCUACAGCUCGUAUGGAAACUCCUUUUAUGGAAGCUACAGCCCUUAUAGUUACGGAUAUGGCGGUUUGGGUUAUAAUCGGUUUCGUACAGAUGAUCUGCCGCCCAGCAGGUUUGCAGAGAGCAGCAGAGGUGCAUUUCAGUCCAUUGAAAGUAUUGUGCAUGCAUUUGCCUCAGUCAGUAUGAUGAUGGAUGCUACCUUUUCAGCUGUCUAUAACAGUUUCCGGGCUGUAUUGGAUGUAGCCAAUCAUUUCUCACGACUCAAAAUACACUUCACAAAGGUGUUUUCAGCUUUUGCAUUAGUCAGAACUAUAAGAUACCUCUACAAACGACUGCAGCGGCUGCUGGGUCUGCGGAAGAGCUCUGAGAAUGAGGAUUUGUGGGCUGAAAGUGAAGGAACUGUGGUUCGCAUUGGCUCUGAGGACCGGGCAGCUAACUCAGCAAAAUCCUGGCCCAUUUUCUUGUUCUUUGCUGUUAUUCUUGGGGGCCCCUAUCUCAUCUGGAAGCUGCUCUCCACGUACAGUGAUGAAGAAACAGUGGCUAAUAACUGGGCAAAUGGAGAGGAUGAUCAUGUAGUGGGAAGAGCAGAAUAUGACUUCUCUGCUGUUUCAGAAGAAGAAAUUUCUUUUCAUGCUGGUGAUAUGCUAAAAUUAGCACCCAAAGAACAACAACCCAAAGUACGAGGCUGGCUUUUGGCUAGUCGUGAUGGUCAAACAACAGGACUUGUGCCAGCUAAUUACAUCAAAAUAUUAGGUAAAAGAAAAGGUCGGAAAACAGCAGAGCUGGGAAUUAUUACAGAGCAGCAGCCUGCUUUUACCAACCCAACAUCUGUUAGAGGAGCCACUAUUGUGGCUACGUUAGAAGAGCAAGAAGCUGCCUUUGAGUCUGUUUUUGUUGAAAUUAAUAAAGUUCCAGUUACCUCUGACUCCACUGUGAUAGGCAGAGAAAAACAGGAUCUCUGAUGCACUUGGAUAAACUAUAUCAAUAAUUCUUUUGAUAUUCUGAAAAUUGUAGAACAACACUGUUAGGCCUUUAUCAGGUAUCUUGCUGCUGGUGACAGGUGAACAGAUAAUGAAGUAAUUUGCCCAGACUUUAAUAGCAUGCUUGGUUCAUUUAAAGCUUUAUAUUUGUGACCCUACCCAGCAAACUGUUGGUAAUUGUAAGAUCUUGGGCUAGGGGGAGUUUUGUAGAGACAACUGGAUAAACCAGUGUGUUGCAUCUAUAACAGCUCAUUUUGGUCAUUUAAAGAAAAAGUGCUGAUGAAUUCUAGAGGUAGCAUUGUCCAGUCCUCAUUACUAGAGAAAGAACUGACUUGAUAUAAGGCCUUAGAGAGGGGGUAUUUAGAAGGUAAACUAGUACUUCAGCAAAGGCCUCCAAAAUUGUACAUUGAAGAGCUCUUAAAAUACUUUGAGGCUGCUUUUUGGUAAGAACUAAUGGUUCCACUAGCACAAAUAAAAAUUAAAGACUUCAGUCCUCUGUGAUAAAAAGGUGACUGUGUUAAGAAACAUGAUUAGCACUGUGAAAGAACAUACAUUCAACUGGCAUUUUAAGGAGAUAAAUCCUAUUACCAUUGUGUAUUUGUCCUUUAUUCAAAUGUAUUCAAGAAAGUACAAAUGUUUUUUUUCCUACCAUUCUGGAAGUUCUUCCUCCUUAUCAGAGUCCUGAGGGCCACAUCUUUUGUUUUGUUUAUAAUGCACAUGCUUUAGGCCCUGUAUCACGCAUCAUGUAUCUUCAGCCAAGCACUGUCAGGAAUGCUCAUUUUUUAUCAACAUCGCUUUAGGGCCUAGUGAACUAAGUAACUACAGCCAUACUUCCAACAAGGUAUAAUAGCUUAGCAGUUUCUAGUAAUUAUGUAUUCUAAUAUCUACAUUUAAGCUUCCUUCUCUUUCAGUGCAAUUUAUUUUUGAACUUUGUGUGAGAAAAUCCUAAUUUUAACACAUGUGUUGCUAUUAAAUAAAUGGGAUUUUCUAUUAAUAAUCUCACAAAAUAGGAAACAAAAAAAUCUCCUAAUUCAUUGUCUCAUCAGGGAAAUGGAAGAGUUAACUGCUGUCUUUCACGGCUAGAGACCCUGAUGAUGUCAUUCUCUCACAGGACAGGAAAAACUUUUUUUUUAUUUCUUAAAAACAAAAAUCCAUAACAGCAUCCAAGCUAGUUGUGUGUGUAUAUGUACGUACACACUAGCUACUCCUGAGGGAAUUCUGUGCCAAAAAAUUCUGCACAUAAUCUUGCAAAAUUCUGGAUAUUUUAUUCUUCACCAUAACAUAAUAUAAUCACAAACAUUUUAAUUAUUUUGGCAAUUUAUUUCAAAAGACCUAUUAGCAAGUAUGUUUCCAACCAUACAGACAACAAAAAAUAUUCAGGAUAUAUUUUAGACAACUGGAUUCCUUGCCAGGCAUAUGAAUAGAGAACUUUGAGCAAUAAUUCAUUUAAACUACAGAAACUCAUUUCCUGAAUCCUCAGAAGCAGUGCAAAGGCUAGGAGGAAUCGGGUAAUGGAGGAAUUGAGAAAAGAGGAAGAAUUGCUGGACAAGAGCCUGAAUGUGAAGUUGGAGGGUUACUGGAUAUGGCUGGGAAAAGUAUGGAGCGGGGUUUGUUUGUUUUUUUGGUGGGGGAGGAGGAGUUAGGGAGCUUCACUCAUGUGUCCCUGCACCUUCUCUACCAUUCAGUUCUUGUUCUAAGUUGUGACUCCCCAGCAGCCCUAUAUGCCCUAUGCUGUCUGUUUCCACAUAUCCUGUGCUUCCUGACCUGGUUCCAGGGAGAGGAAUGUAGCUGCUUCUCUUCCCUAGCUGAAGCUGGGGCUGCUCCCAUCCAGGAUAAGAUACUCUCUGCCCUGGUACACAGCAGCUCCAUAUAGGCAAAAGGCAUAACUGCAGCAAUUUUCAGCAGAAUGUAUUUUCUGCUCAGAAAAAAAAAACCUGAACAAUAUAUGAAUUCUCUGAGUACAGGAUUUUGACAGUUUUAAUUCACGUUUUAUCAGAGGUCUUUAACAUCAAUUUUCAUUGCAAGCUUCGUUAACAAGUUUGUAUCCUCAGUGCAUUUGCUAGCUGUGGCAAACAUGUGAAGAGCUAGACAAAACAGUUAUAACAAGCUAUUGCUAACCUCAGGUUGUGUGGUAUUCUUAAGUGGCUGUAACGCUGGAGCCCUGCAUUUUAGAAUAACCUCUGAACUCCUGCUGUGUACAGUGGCAAUAUUAGGAGUAUACGAGCCCUGGCUCCUGGGGAUGGUUUAGUGAAGCAUUUUUGCUACUGUUUUUUCAGUAAGAUUAUCUGUGGCUGCUCUAGGAGAGGGAAAGAAAAAAGCCAGCCCACAGGGGGUUCAUAAUUGAGUCACACUUGAACCAGUACACAUUUCUGAGAAACAUUUUUCAAUAUGUCACAUACCAAAUGAGGGAUUAAUUAAAUUUGCAUGAGACUUCAUCUGCUGCAGAAACAGACAAGAAAUUGAGGAUUAGACUGUACAUUAGGACUGUUAGAAAG